AUGAGUUUAGAUGCAGAUUCUCAGGAUGAUAAUAUAGAAAUAACAAUAAGAUGUGCCCUGCAAACAAACCCAGAUGAAACAAUGACAGUCCCUCUAUCUUGGAGUGUUGUCCAGUUGAAAGAGCACAUUCACACUGUUUACCCAACACAUCCUGAUGCUUCUUCACAAAAACUUAUCUUUUGCGGUAGUUGCCUGAAUAACGACUUUGUAUUACGUAUGAUAUUCAAUGAAACAAGGAGAGUGGUAGGUGGACCACAAGUGUUACAUUUGGUUUGUCCUAUGGCUGCUUCAACUCCACAAUUAAGACAGCGUCGUGCUAAUAAUGAUAGUCAAGCACAGAAUCCAACACCACCACCUUCGUAUGAGAAUGUUGCGAACGAUUUUCCCGGAGCUUAUGCUUCCGGGGUGAACUAUCCUGCUGCUAUGAGUGCCUACAGAGAUUAUUAUAAUAGUUAUAUAACUUACUAUCAGCAAUAUAGUAAUGCAAUGAUGAACAUGAAUAUGAAUGGAACGAACUAUCCUUUCCCUCAUCCAGUAUUUGUCAAUAAUGGACCUGGAGUCCCUGUCACAACAUAUUAUCCAAAUGUUCCAAAUGUGAAUGUCCAACCAGUUAAUCCUAUCCCUCAGCCUAACGUUGUCAAUCCACAGCCAGCUCAACCUGCGGCGCCAGCUGGGAGACGACUAGAGGAAGGAUUAGAUUUUUUUUACAAUUUUUUCCGAGCCGUACUCCUCCUGACAGCGAUUUUACUUUAUUCGUCGCUAGAACGAUUUUUGCUGGUUGCUGCUAUUAUUUCAGUCAUUGUUUUCACUCAACUCAGACGAGCACAAAACCGAAGAGCUGCUCAAGCAGCUGCCCUUCAUGUAAAUAAUAAUAAUGCUGGUGAAGAAAGAAUACAGGAAGAUGCUCCCACUGAAACCGAAGCAAAUGUGAGUGCGGAAGGAGUUGAUAGUUUAGAAAACGAAAGGCAGCAGGAAAACAUUACCACGCAACCAGCUCCUCCCAGUGGUCUGCAAGUUUUCCUGUCUACGUGCUUCUCGUUUGUGACUUCUUUUGUCGCAUCCCUUAUUCCCGAAAAUAUCCCAGUAGAAGUAAAUUAG